AUGGAUAAAAUUAAGAGCGAGCAUUUAAGCUCCCAGAAUAGCACUCCUAAUAAAAAAACUCCUAUGAAAUCUUAAAAUGAAAAUGAUGACUAGCAAGGAAAUUAGCAAAAUUAUUAGCAGUAAUAGCAGCCCAAAUAACGUAGAAGCCGCAGCGAUAAUCAUAAUAGGGAAUUUUUGUGUGGAUGUGGAAAAUCGUAUUUGAGCGGUGCUGCCCUUUAUACACAUGUUAAGCAAAAGCAUGGAGGUAUCGCUUAAAAUGGUUCUUAGUAGCCCUCAGCUUCUGCAGGUAAUGCAAAAGGCAAGUCUAAGAAAAACGAAUAAUCUAAUAAUGAAAAGAGUACAUAAAAAUAAGAAGAUAAGCAAAAGUCUGAUUAGAAACUAGAUGCUAGCACUGUAUAUGAUGAUAUCCUCUCGUUCUUUUCAUAAAAAUUUGAAAAUAACUCUAUUUAGGUAAUGAAAACAUUUUUAAAUUAAGUUUAAAUUAUUUAACCAACCAUUAAAAUGAGAGAAAGAGUAAUAGAAUGA